CCAACUUCUCUCAAUGUGGUCGCCGCUUCACCGAUAAAACGUUCGGGCGCUGUGCAACUCAAGGAGUUGUCCGAGGGCUCUGGUGCAAGCAAGGGGGGAGGACAACGCGACCGAGGCCGGGUGCUGGAGCUGGGCAUGUCGGAAGGUCGUCUCGAGCAGAAGCUUGGUGCAUUGAGUGCUGCGGCAGUAAGUCUGUUUUCAAAGUUUUAUCGAGGCAGUCGAGUCGACAAGGGUGCCUCUGUUAAGAUCCAUCGAAAAUUGAGCACCAAGAUGCGGAUAUUCGUGAAAAGGGGUUUAGUCACCGCCGGCGCUGGUUUAGUCGCCGCCGGCAUUAGUGUAGUGGCAGCACCAGUGGUUGUUCCGGCCGUCGUGACAUCUCUUGGAUUCACGAGUACGGGUAUCGCCGGAGGGAGCUGGGCAGCGGGGUUCAUGGCCUCGUAUGGAGGACUAGUGGGUGCAGGUAGUACCUGCGCUAUUCUCCAGAGUAUUGGAGCGACGGGCGCUUUGGCAGGGUCUGGUGUGAUGGCCGUAGCGGGAGCAGCUACGACUGCAUUGGGAGCAGCAGCGACUGCAUUGGGAGUGGCCGUCGGUAAGGCCGGCGUCGAGGAAUCAGCGGAUGCGGAAACGGCUGCCGAGAACAGUUGCCUCACACCUGCGGAGGCCCUCGGUAAGGCCGGCGUCGAGGAAUCUGUAGAUGCGGAAACGGCCGCCGAGAACAAUUGCCUCACACCUGCCGUGGACGACUGACAAGACGACCGUGCGAGCGUCUCUUAUUGCUUCAUUGCUUCUAAACGUAGUUUUCUUGAGAGAGAAUCUUGAAAACUGCUGAAUACGGACAAGAGUUUGCGAGUUAGCAGCGUCUCACAUGCCCUUCCAGACUUGACACGGCCAUGAACGACUGUAAAUCCUCCAUAAGGUUCUGCGCUGAGAUGUCGUCUCCUUAAAGAUUCUUAGAAUUUGGAAAUACAUUUUGCUUGAAGAUAAUGGCUUGAAAUGUCUUACAUCACAUUCAAUUGUCCAGCUGAUGUUUCUAUCGUUCACAUUUAUCGGUAUUAUGCGACGAUCAAAAUAAUGAUGUUGAGACGCUAAAAUCAAGUUUUGACAGGACUAAUGUCAAACUGAGUAUAGACGUAUUGGUUCAACUUUGUUCUUCUUAUAUCUCACACGCUGAUUAAAUCAUAUGUCUAAAGACUUAUGAUUCAAGACUGGACCCGCACACCAAAUUGUAGAGACUACUCCCAAGCGUCACAUAGUCAACGUGCAUGCAUCCACUCCGGCAGAAGGAAGGAGAAGAAGGAGCCAGGUAAGAAAAUCACAGAAGGAGCCACCCCACUUGUGGGUGUCGCAGAGGAUCUUCUUGAGUCAGAGGUCACAUAUUCCGAUGCCACUAAUUUAGGGUCAGGCAUGCCCUUCCAGAUGAUGUUGAGACGCUACAUUCAAGUUUUGACAGGACUCAUAUCAAACUGAGGAUAGACGUAUCGGUUAAACUUUGUUCUUCUUAUAUCUUACACGC